CCCAUCUUCCCUCGCUGAAUGUCUUCGCACCUGGUUUACUGGACUAUAAUUCUCCUUCCAAAUGCGUUUCAUGAGUCGUUUCAACUAGUUGCAACGCAAUGCAACGUUUACUCUGCCUCUUUUCUUCAUUCUCGGAUGCCCCUACCCCGUAUCUCUCUGCUUUCCGUAUGGAUCCAGUGUUUUACUUUGAUCCACGAGGGCUACCUGGUACAAGAUCCUCACGUCUUAUCUGUGGUGGUGCCGCCCCCUAUUCGGUCACCGUCUCGUACCUGCAGCCUUUCUUUCAGAUAGCGCAAUUUCAGCUUGGACGGAAACAACGACACAUAUCUGGCAGUCUACUUCUCGUUGUGGGUAGCGGCAAUUCUAGCGUCAAACCUAAAGCAAAUUUAGUGUUUGAUUCGAUCGCUUUCGAUUUAAGAUGCGAUGAGCGAGUAAAUCUAGCUACGAUACGACUAGCGACCAAUUUGAUCCUUCUCCGACGAGCAAAAAUGGCUCAGAUCGUACAUGGAAUAGGCGGGAGUACAUCUUUUCAUUCCAAGCGAAUACCAAGACUUCAUUCCUGAAACGAGAAGCCCAAGACGAAUUCGACUGAUAGUUACGACAAAUAUCCACGUCGUCUGCAAAGCAGUGGCACCUCAGCAUGCGCCUCCCCGACGAAGCCGGGCGCGCGUACCCCGCAUCCUGUGCAAGUAGGAUGGCUGUACAU